AGAAAGUAAAAGGUCACAAGGUUAAUGACGUAUUACGUUUACACAGCUAGCUAGCUACAGUGAAAAACAAGCUAGAGCAAUCGUCAUGACUGAUUGGGCUAAUUUUGGAGGCGGAGGAGAUGCUUCUGGAGCUAAGAGCCAAAAACCUGAUGGAGAUUGGGCCAACUUCGGAGCUUUUGAGGGAGCCAGCCCCGCCCCCCAGGCACAGCCGAAGCCUGCCCCCUCCCCACAGGUACAAGCGUCGCCACAGCAACCACCUAAAGCAGCUGCAUCUCCGGGAGUCCUCCCACCACCAUCAUCGUCUGGCUCUCGCCGUGGCACGGCCCCGAAUGCUACUUCCCAGGGCAACCAGCUCCAGCAGUACCGACAACGACUGGUUCAAAUGCAUCAGCAGCUGGUGAAUGGGCAGCAGCAACUGAAGGAGCUCAACAAGCUACCUGACAAACAACAGCAGGCAAAGCAACUCACUACACAGCUCCAACAAGGGCUCAUGCAGUAUCAACGACUGCAACAAGUAGUCACACAAAUGCAGACACAACAGCAACCUGUAGCCACACCCACUGCCAGUUUGACCUCUGCACCCUCCACUCCUAAGCAGGAGACUCCUAAGGCCACACCCCCUCCACUGGAGCGUGUUCCAUCAGGGUCUAGUCAGGCAUCAGGUGGAUCAACCGAGGCUCCGCCCAAACCACCACCUGGCGACGUGUUUGCCGUGUUCGAAGACUCAACUUCGAAGCCUCCGGAGCCGUCACCUCCCAAGCCUCCAGAGCCCAAAGAGACGCAGGAUCUGUUUGCCUCCUUCACUGAGUCACCCUCCACCCAACAGCAGGCUGUUAAAGAAGAGACCAACUUGUUCUCUAGCUCAUUUGGAGAGCCUGCUGUUUCAAACAGUUCGCCCUUUGACCCCAUGACCAGCACACCCCCUCCAAAACAGCAACAGGCCCCGCCCACUGUACAAGACGAUAAGUUGGUUGCUAAACUAUCUGCCUCAGAGGACAAGAUCUCACAAUUGGAGAAAGAAAAGGAACGACUUCAAAAGACCUCCGAGGAAAAACUGUCUCUACUGGAGAAAGAGAAGUUGAGGAUUCUCAAGGACCACGAUGCUCUAGUACGCAGCAGGGAGGAUCUUGAGAGGCAGCUGGAUGAGAAGAAGGUUGCCGUGGAAACACAGCGGAAACGUGUGGAGGACAUGGAAGGUCGCCAUAGAGACGAGCUAGAGCAGGUGCGUUCAGCAGGACACAGCUCUCUGGCCAUCAUUGUGGAGCAGUAUAAAGAGCAGACCCGUCUGUCAAUGGAAGAGUCCCGGGAACGCAGCGAGAAACUGCUCAAGGAGGCUCUAAACGAUGAAAGAGAGAGAGCCGAGCGUCUACUCAAGGAACAACAUGAGAGACUAACGGCCGCACUAGCGGAGGAACAAGAACGACAAGAAGAAAAGGUCAAACAAACGCUACAGGAGGCACAGAAACAACACCAGGAGAGUCUGAUGUCAGCUCUGGAGGAGGCUCAGCGCUCACACUCCGAGGCACUAGAGUCAGCACUGGCAGAGGAGAGGGAAAGGGGGCGUGGCGCUAUACAGGAGGCAGCAGAAGAGGAGAGGAAGAAGACCACACAACUGCUAGAGGAACUAAAAGGAUCCCAGACGAUCGCCAUGGAGACAGAGCGAGCGACAGCCCGGGAGGAAAUGUCAGCUGCCGUGGAACAAGAGAGGGAAAGGUCAAAGGAGCUGUUGUCUGAAGCCCUACAAGAAGAGAGGGGGCGUGGCGAGGCAUCUAUCCAACGAGCUGUGGAGGCCACACAAGAGCAGGUGGCAGUGAGGAUGGGGGACGAGAGCAAGCACAACGAGUCGGUGCGUCGUCGCCAGCUGGCUAGUCUGGAACUAUUCCUGGAGAGUGCUAGAGCUCAACUACAGUCCCUCCUGUCACCUGACACCACGCCCACCACCAGCAACGAGUAGCACCCAAGGUACUGACUGACUGGACGUGUGAUUGGAAAGGCUGUUAAUAGACACUAACUGUUAACAAGCAGUAGCUAUGGUAACUGUUGUAGUAGAGUUGUCACUUGUAGUUGAUUCUCAUGAUAUUUUGUCUUCCCUUCGUUUUUUACUUUGUUGGGGUGAAGUUUA